AUGAUUUCCCAAUCCUCUCUUCUCAUCCCAUUAUUCGUCACUAUCCUCUUUCUACAAUGCCUCACUGCUUCAGCAGCAACAUGUCACCCGGACGACGAAGCUGGGUUACUAGCAUUCAAAUCGGGCAUCACGGCCGACCCCUCCAAUAUGCUGGCCACAUGGAAGAAGGGAACGGAUUGUUGCAAGUGGAACGGUAUAACGUGCCUAGUCGAUAAUCGAGUCACAGCUAUAUAUCUUACGGGCCAAAUCAACAAUGGUACCAACCGUAGUAACACUACUUUAUCGGGUACAAUCUCACCCUCUUUGUCCAAACUCAAAUAUUUGGAUGGCAUUUAUCUAUUAAAUCUUGGAAGUAUAUCGGGUUCUUUUCCGGAAUUUGUCUUCAGCUUGCCCAACUUUAAGUUUAUCUACAUCGAAAACAACAAGUUGUCUGGUCAGAUACCUGUAAAUGUUGGCAAGCUCACCAAAUUAGAUGCACUAAGUGUAGAAGGGAACUUGUUUUCCGGCCCAAUACCGAGUUCAAUCGGCGAGUUGACUCAGUUAACUCAGCUCAAACUCGGUGGCAACCGCCUCACCGGCACCAUCCCCGCCGGCAUUCAGCGGCUGGGAAACCUAACCCUACUGAGUUUGAAGAGCAACCAACUCUCCGGCGAGAUACCGGAUUUCUUUUCGGGCUUUUCCGAUCUCAGAAUUUUAGAACUUUCUCGAAAUAAGUUCACAGGAAAAAUUCCAGGGAGUAUUUCAGCAUUAGCAACAAAACUGGGUUAUCUGGAACUAGGGCAUAAUCUCCUGACGGGGCCAAUCCCUGAUUUUCUCGGCAAAUUCCAUGCCCUCGACACAUUGGAUUUAUCCUGGAACAAACUUUCAGGAACCGUACCAACAAGUUUCGCCAAUCUUACUAAGAUUUUCAAUCUGGAUCUGUCUCAUAAUUUACUAAUCGAUCCAUUUCCGAAAAUGUACGUAAAAGGCAUUGAAUCGCUGGACUUGUCGAAUAAUCGAUUCCAUUUGGGAAAAAUUCCAGAUUGGGUCACUUCGUCCCCGAUUAUCUACUCUUUGAAGCUAGCCAAAUGUGGAAUCAAGAUAAAAUUGGACGAUUGGAAUCCAUCGGAGACUUAUUUCUACGAUUACAUUGAUCUCUCCGAGAAUGAAAUUACAGGCAGUCCACUGAAAUUGUUGAACAGAACAGAGUAUUUAGUGGGAUUCUAUGCUUCUGGUAACAAGUUGAAAUUUAAUUUGAGCAGCGUGAAAUUUCCCAAGACAUUGAAAUACUUGGAUUUAUCUCGGAAUUUGGUGAUCGGAAAUGUGCCAAAAGCGAUUGCAGGGCUUGGAAAUUUGAAUGUUAGCUACAACCAUUUGUGUGGGAAGUUACCUGCCACGAAAUUUCCAGCAAGUUCAUUUCUUGGCAAUGAUUGCUUGUGUGGUUCGCCAUUGCCACCGUGCAAGGUUUAA